AUGAAGUUCACUGCGUCCUUCAUCGCUGUCGCUGCACUCUUCCACGGCACCGCUGCCGCUCCUCAGGACGGUGGAGCUCCCCCCACACCCAACAGCCCAUCGGGGACGUCUGCGACGUCUGCGGUGACCUGGUCCAAACCAUCUACGUCCCCGGUGUAUUCCUCCACCACCUCAACCUACUCAUCUACUACAUCGACCACUUCUCCGUAUACAACCACCUCCGCAACCACGACAUGGUAUCCUUCGAGUACCUCUUCGUGGUAUCCACCGUCCACCUCUUCGAAGCCCUAUCCCUCGUCCAGUUCAUAUCCAGUUCCUUCAUCGUCCCAUUCAUAUCCCCCUCCCCCUUCGGGUAGUGCUACCCCUCCAUACCCGUCAAACUGCCCUCCGAACCCAAAUUCCAAUCCCCUCAUGAUGUCGCUUCCUCUUACAUAUGACAAUACGUACGACAAUGGGUCUGGUUCUAUGAACAGCGUCGCUUGCUCCAAUGGGCCCAAGGGACUUGUGGAACGCUUCCCGACCUUCAGCGAUCUACCCACCUUCCCCUAUAUUGGCGGUGCUUUCGCCGUCGGGUCAUGGAGCUCGCCUAACUGUGGAUCAUGCUGGAGUCUCACCUACCCGCAGACCGGCGUCACGAUCAAGCUGAUCGCUAUUGACACAUCGGGCGUUGGUUUCAACGCCGCUCAGGCGGCAAUGGACAAGUUGACGGGUGGAAAGGCGAACCAGCUUGGUAGGAUCGAAGUCAACGCUUACCAGCUUCCU